AGUUUCAAUCGCGCAGCCAACAGUUUAGUUUAGGCUCUUGUUGAUGAAGGUCGUGCUGCUGUCGUUUGCAUAAACCGUCAAGUGCUCCCGCGAAGAAUCACGCAAUCAAUAGAGCUCUAAUCUCCAGAUAUUGGGGUACGGUUGAAUAUCAAAUAAAAAUCCGGGCUGAGUGUUGCUAAACCACCCAAAAUCGUAAUCUUUCCGGUUUUUGAAAAAAAAAAUUGCGCAAAUGUUUGAUUUUUCAACUGGUCGCAAAAUCGGGCCAGUGUGACAAACGCAUAAAGUGGCUAAAAGUUUUGAAGGAAAUUUUUGUUAAAGAACAGAAAAAUUUUUCACAUCAAAUUUCUCGUGAAGUUCUCAUUUGGUUUUUAUUUUGAUUCUGAGUUUUUGGUGAAGAAGUCAGUUUUAAUUUUUUUCUUUCAAAAGUUCAUAAAAGAAAAGUUAUCAAGAUUUUCACUUGUUUGAAAAGUUCAGUUUUAUGUUUAUCAGCAUAGUUUUAUGAUUUACACUGGUGUGUUUAUUUGAGAUAAUUUUAGUUUAUUUGGUUUUACCCCUGAGUUUGGGUUGUUUUUGAGAAAGAAGGAUAAAACGUAGAGAGAUAUAAAUUUUAUUUGAAAGAAGUAUUGAAGCAAAUGAAGAAAAUGGUGUUUAGUGGUGAUAAAAUGCAUAAAAUUGGUGUUUUUUGGAUGACAACAGCGGCAAUUUGCAUGCUUGGAUCCCUCACGGCAGCCAGAAGUAGUUCUGGUCUCCAUUCAGAACAAUCAGCACCGCCGUCUCGAGUGCAGCAAUGCCGCGAAGGAUGCUUGGAAAAGUUUGCCACGGAGGAUUUCGCCUGUCUGCAAGGACCUGAGUGCUCAAUGAGCGGGUUUCCAACUUAUAACUUUAACACUUUGCCCGAUGCGCUACACCUUUUGUGUUGGGACCAAUGCGCAACGGCUCCAUCGAAGAUCAACACAUCAAUCCAGGAAGCCUGGCCACUGAGGAUCAUCACGAUGAUCCGACAGGGAUCCCUGGUGUCAGCUGAUGUGGCCUGGCCCACGAUGAGCUCACCUAGUCAGUGUCUCGUCACAUGGGAGGUCUCCGGAGGCGGUUUAAUGGGUAACCUAUUGACCGACUCGUCUAGUGUACAACUCUCGCUCUGGCCCGAGACCAAGUAUCGAGUUCAAGUCACGUGCAAGAACAAGAAAACCGAAGCAAUGACACGAUCCCUUCCACUAACCCUGGACACAAGUCAAGCCCUUGUUAUGGUUAGGGUUCAGUCAUCCUCCACUGGAGCACCACCGUCAUCAACAACUCGCGUAGAAUCAUCAUCACGCAACAGUGCAGACACAACAAGUCACAGAAGUAGUUCGGAAGAAGAAGAAGAUGUGGAUGACAGCGAUGAGGAAGACUACAAUGACAUCUUCAGUGAUAGGCACGGAGGUCAUCGAGCAGCUGCCACCUUUGGCAUGUGGAGCCUGUAUGACAGCAGAAAAGAAGUGACGUUGGGCGUGUCAGCAGCCAUUGUUGUCUUCCUCAUCAUCGUUGUAGUGUUCCUGGUCAAUAUCCGACGGACGCGAAGGGACGACAAAGAGUCACUGAUUGACAAUGAGGUUGGUGUAGAUUUCUUACCCCCACCCGCAACAACACAAACUGUCCACGUCUAACACGCUCCACCGUCCAAGCCAUUAUCCAAAAAUCUGGAUAAAAAUGGCGGAGCACUGACGUGCUGUAUGAUCAAACAGACCAAAAGUUCCGAAUUUGUGUAUAAAAUGAAUAAUUCUCUCAUUUUUCCCCCUAAAAAUAAACAAAAGCAUCAAACUCGCGUAUUUCAGCAGAUAUUUUGCAUUAAUACUAAGAAACAAUUGACUGAGUGACUCUUAAGGAUAGGAUAAAAGAAUUUAUCUCUCUCAAUUCAUCGUCCAUUGACGGAAAUAUCGAUUUUUUUGUCUUUCAUCAAAACUUCAUCAAAAAUUCAAAAAAAAAAUACCAGACAGGUUCCAAAAUCAUUUUGUCGAAUGAGAGUUGUUUAGAUAACAAAAAAAUAAAUAAAUAAUUUGCUGAAAGUGACUUUGUGAACAAAGGAUAAAGCCAGAAAUGGAAAAAAUGACAUUUAGGAGAAAAAAAUGAAAUCUUUUUUAUAUGUAUUUUGUGCGUGAAAGUGUGAUUGGGUCAAAAGUAGGGUUAAGUUUAAAAUAUCAGUAAAAAAAAAACUAUACAAGAAAAAUUAUGCAAGAGACACAGUAGUGAUUUGUGUAAUAUAACUUUGAAUAAUAGUGGGGUAAUUUUUACAGUAAGGCUACCAUAAGUGACAGAUGUCAUAACUGAAAUAUCUUUAAAACAUAGGACAUGUUCAACCUCAUGAAAAUAAAUAUAUAAAAUAAAACGAGAAAAAUACACACAAAAUGAGUGAGAUUAAGCGGUAAAAGACAGGAAAAUGCGCCAAAUGUCACUUUUAUCCAAACGCUAAUUAUAGUGUCUCUGCUAAUUCCUGGAUAGAAGAUUGUUCUUUUAUCCAACGAUAUCUAAGGAGUCUUUUAGAUAGAAUUGGUGACAUUUUGCGUAGUUCUUUGCACUUUCGCGAAAAAAAUUCUAUACAUAGAGAAUUAAGUUUUGUAUAAAGAAAAUAAAUUAAAAUGAAAUAUCAGCGGAUAAAAUAUGGGUUUGAAAAAUGCGUGAUGCGAUUUUUUAGAGAAAAAAAAGACGAUACAUCUUGUGAGUUAAAUUCCUUAAUAUAAUUUCUCUAUCAAUGUAUUUCUUGAGGAUUUUUGUCGCGUAUUCCGGAACGACCUUUGUGCUCAAGAAUGGGCAAAAAAAGGUCAUGCAGGAAGACAAGAGAGCUUCUUGGUGAAAAAUCACAUUUUUCUCCUGGUGACUGAAGAAUUCUCUCUGGAGAAUCCGUCGUUGAUUGACGUGCAAACAGAAAUAUAAUUAAUUGUCUAAAUAUAUAAAAUCCAUUAAACAAACAUCGUCAGAGAAUUCACUGGGUGCCUGUCGUCGUUGCCAGGAAAUUUUAACUUAUGAGGGACGAAGACACGGGCAUAAUGGUAAGGAAAAAAAAGUUAUGGAAGAAACUUAAGACAACAGCAAUGUGACAGAGAGAAUAUGAGAUUUCUUCGCCGGCAGCUAACCGGCAGCACCAUCAUCAAAAGCACUUUAAAGACGACGAGCAAUCGUCAACGGGAAGUGCGAGACAAGAAGUCUUAAAGACUAUGGCCAACAACAGAAAAAAAGUACGUUACGUGAGAGAAAAUUAAUGAUUAUCCACAAUAAAAACAAUAAAUUCAGAGAAAUUUCAUCCCAGAGAAACAGAGACAAAUGAAUUCAGCAGUCAGACUUUUGUGAUUUUUCAUCAAUUUGCCUUCCAACGCGUCUCCUGGUGACAUAUUCUCGUCUUUUUUAGGCUUGGGACAAAUGGAAGAAUUUUGUUCUCACUCAUCCCCCUUAGAAACUAUCAUUUAAUCCUCCUACGCUGAUUUUACAUAUCACAUCCACUAAAGCUCUCAACUCACAUUGAAGUGAAAGCUUAACUCAAAAUCAGAAAGUCAAGAAGAUUCCUCAGGAAAAGACAAAUCGAAACUUUUGACUAGUUGAGCCCAGAAUAUUAUCAAUCCUUUCCUUUAAGUAAGUUAUUCUAACUCUUACAAGUUUCGGGCUUCAGGCCUAAGACUUAUGACCUAGACACACUUACGACUUAAGCCGAGAGACGACUUAGUGGAAAAUUAUGGAAAUGUGGUUUAAUCAUUAUUUCGAAUAUAAUUACGCUAAUCCUCAGGUCUGUCAAGGCCCUUAGCCAUCUGGCUUAAAUCCUCUAAUUCCUAAUCAGGCACGAUUUUUUAGAAAAUUGUUGUUUAGGAUUAAAUUAUAAGGGCAAAUGAUUCAUUAGAUUUUGAAAAAUCAAUAAAAUUGCUCGUUAUUAAGAUUUUUGAGACCUUCAGGGAUUGGGCUAAACCUCCUGUCUGAAGCCGGCAUUACUAUUUUGGAUUAUAUUAAUGUACUAAAUUUAGUACACUAUUAAUUUCAGCAUUAAAACAUUUUUCAAAUAUCAGAAAUUGAUUCAAUGCGAUGAAAAUAAAAAAAAAAUCCAGAUGAUUUUAUUGUACUAAAUUUUAGUACUAUUUGGAGGUCAGAUACAGAUAAGUAAAAAUUUCACUCUGAAAUUCUGAAUUUUGGUCACGUAAUAUUUCCCAAAUACUGGGUCGAAAAAUUAAUUAAGACAAGAAAA